AUGAGGGAAAUUGUGCAUCUGCAAGCGGGCCAGUGUGGAAACCAGAUUGGCGCCAAGUUUUGGGAGGUGAUCAGUGAUGAACAUGGCAUCGACCCCACCGGUUCAUACAACGGGGACAGCGACCUGCAGUUGGAGCGGAUCAACGUGUAUUACAACGAGGCUUCCGGUGGAAAGUAUGUCCCACGUGCAAUUCUUGUUGAUUUGGAGCCUGGAACCAUGGACUCUGUGAGAUCUGGUCCAUUUGGUCAGAUUUUCAGACCAGACAAUUUUGUGUUCGGUCAGAGUGGCGCAGGUAACAACUGGGCUAAAGGCCACUACACAGAAGGAGCUGAGCUUGUGGACUCGGUGAUGGACGUAGUGCGGAAAGAGGCCGAGAGCUGUGACUGUUUACAGGGCUUUCAGCUCACACAUUCCCUGGGAGGAGGUACAGGCUCUGGCAUGGGUACACUACUAAUCAGCAAAAUCCGAGAGGAGUAUCCAGACCGCAUCAUGAACACUUUUAGCGUAGUGCCCUCACCAAAGGUAUCGGACACUGUGGUAGAGCCGUACAAUGCCACGCUCUCUGUUCACCAGCUGGUAGAGAACACUGACGAAACCUACUGCAUUGAUAAUGAGGCCCUGUACGACAUCUGCUUUCGUACUCUGAAGCUCACUACUCCGACAUAUGGAGACCUGAACCAUCUAGUUUCUGCAACUAUGAGCGGCGUGACCACCUGCCUGCGCUUCCCCGGUCAGCUCAAUGCGGAUUUGAGGAAACUGGCAGUGAAUAUGGUUCCAUUCCCGCGCUUGCACUUCUUCAUGCCAGGCUUCGCUCCUCUGACCAGCCGAGGCAGUCAGCAAUACAGGGCCUUGUCUGUUCCUGAGCUCACCCAGCAAAUGUUUGAUGCCAAAAACAUGAUGGCUGCUUGUGACCCUCGCCAUGGCCGCUACCUCACCGUGGCGGCCAUUUUCCGAGGCCGCAUGUCCAUGAAGGAGGUGGACGAGCAGAUGCUGAACAUACAAAACAAGAACAGCAGCUACUUUGUGGAAUGGAUCCCGAAUAACGUCAAAACUGCUGUGUGCGACAUUCCUCCCCGUGGCCUCAAAAUGGCCGCCACAUUCAUCGGCAACAGCACGGCCAUUCAAGAGCUGUUUAAACGCAUCUCUGAGCAGUUUACCGCCAUGUUCCGCCGCAAAGCUUUCCUCCACUGGUACACUGGCGAGGGCAUGGACGAGAUGGAGUUUACUGAAGCGGAAAGCAACAUGAAUGACCUGGUGUCCGAGUACCAGCAGUACCAGGACGCCACCGCAGAAGAGGAGGGGGAGUUUGAUGAGGAAGAGGAAGGAGAGAUGGCUUAA